AUGUGUAUAGCUGCCUGGCAACCAACCUGGGGCAAGAUACUUAAAUAUUUUCCUCUGAACACCGUCUUCGUUAGCAGCGUCGUUGGCUUCAACAUCGGAUGCGUCAUCUGCGCCGUUGCACAGAAUUCUGAAACGCUGAUUGCCGGUCGAGCUGUCCAAGGGGCCCUUGGAGCCAGGUUACCGCCUGGGAUUUACACAAUCACUGCAUUUGUGACGCCUCCCGAGCAAAAGCCCUUGUAUAUGGGGGCACUGGCGGCUGUUUUUGGAAUCGCCAGCGUAUUGGGACCUAUCCUUGGAGGUGUUUUGACAGAUCACGCGACCUGGCGCUUGGCCUCCGGCGGCGGCGGCCCCUCCAAAGGUGACGCUCAAGGAAAAAUUUCUCCAAAUGGACCUGCAGGGCACUUUCGUCAUUAUGGGCGCGCGGUCAUUUGUUAUCUCCUAGCGAUGCAAGACGGAGGCGUUAUUCGAGCGUGGAGCUCUGCUCGAAUAAUCGGCUUACUUAUCGGCAUUGGACUGUUGUCACUCUUGUUUGUCGUUAUUCAAUACGUCUCGGGCGACCGCGCUGUUUUCAGAGGUCGAGAGGUCAAGAAUCGCACACUUAUGGUGAUGUGUCUAAUCUCCUUUUUCAUGACUGCAGGCUUUCGACUUCUGCUGUACUACCUUCCGAUCUAUUUCCAAUCGACCAGGGAUGUGUCGGCCGCCACGUCGGUCAUCAAUAUACUUCCCCUCGGUCUCACAACAUCAUUCUUUGCAAUAGCAUGUGGAGUCAUCAUGAAAGUGUGGGGUCGAUAUGUGCCUGUCCUGUUGAUCGGUUCCCUUCCCUUGACGGUCGGGGCUGGCCUUCUCUAUACACUGGAUAUUGACACCAGCACUGGAAAAUUGGUUGGCUUUCAACUGCUGGCUGGAACGGGUAUUGGACUUGUGUUCCAAAUACCGGUGAUGGUGGCGCAAAGCAUCGUGGAAGCAGCCGACAUGUCGACGGUCACAGCCAUCAUCAUGUGGUGCCAAACGGUUGGAGCGGCCAUCUGA